AUGCUGUCCAUUUUAAGGAAAGCCCGGCUGAAGGACAAAGAAAUGCGUAUCUUGAUGCUAGGUCUGGAUAAUGCCGGGAAGACCACCAUCGUCAAGCAGAUCAUGAAGGAGGAUGUCACGACUGUCAGCCCGACCUUGGGAUUUAUCAUCAAGACGAUUGAUUUUGAGGGAUACAGGCUCAACAUCUGGGACGUGGGCGGCCAGAAAACCCUGCGAUCGUACUGGAAAAACUACUUCGAGAAGACCGAUACCCUGGUCUGGGUGGUUGAUGCGACCGACCGACUCCGCGUGGAGGAUUGUCGCGCUGAGCUUUCGGGUCUGCUGCUGGAAGAGCGUCUGAUGGGCGCCAGUCUGCUCGUUUUCUUGAACAAGACCGACGUGGAAGGGUGUAUGGAUGAGAAUGAAGUGCGCGAGCGCCUUGACCUCGAUUCCAUCAAGACACAUAAGUGGACGAUAUUCCCUUGUAGCGCGAUGACGGGGAGGAACCUUCACGAGGGUCUGGGGUGGGUUGUGCAGGACGCCAAGGACAGGCUUUUUCUUUACUAACUACGGUACGGUAACUAACUACUCCCACUGGUACUGGUGUGCCUGGCAGAUCUGAAUGAUCGCAGGUGGAAUGUUUCUUCAGGGGGUUUGGCUGUAGCCUGCUUGGUUGUGAAUUUAAGAUUGCGAUGGCUAGAUUUAUGCAUUCAUG